ACUUGAUUAAACUUCUAGGUUGUGGAAUUUUGUCAAAAAUGAAAAAAUAUGUAAACAAAACAGUGUUCUGAAAUGCAAAUUUAUCCAAGAAAUAAAAAAAUACAAAAAAUGUCAAAUUUUCAAUUUUCUGGUUAGUGAACAUCAUAGUUUUCCAAAUGGAUCCUCUACUCCUUAUUCUUUCAUUUGGAUUUUUAGUGGGAGUAUGCCCAUCGAGAAUUCUGGAACUCAGUGAUAAUUUCUCGGACAUCAGAAAAGAUGGUGGGUAUUGGCUCAUCAAAUUUUAUGCACCCUGGUGUGGACAUUGCAAGAAAUUGGAACCCCUUUGGGGCUCCAUUGCCCAAGCUUUGUCAAAAACAAAUAUUAGGGUUGGGCGCAUAGAUUGUCACAGAUUUCCUUCUGCUGCUUCAGAAUUUGGAAUUGGGGGAUAUCCUACCAUCAAAUUUAUUACAGCUGAUACAGAGCAUAUGUACAAUGGGGAUAGAGAUAAGGAAAACAUUAUCAAAUUUGCAGUCAGAAUGGCAGGACCACCAGUGCAACUGAUAUCUCAAUCAAAAAACUUGGAUAGCAUAAAAUCUAUGAAUAAUUUAUUUUUUGUGUAUGUUGGUGAACAUGAAGGUCUCCUCUGGAAUAUAUACCAUGACAUGGCUGUGAAGCUUCAACCCCAUGUUUAUUUUUAUUCAACAAAUUCAAUACAAACUGGAGAUAUACCACAAGUACCAUCAAUAUUUGUACACAAAGAUGAUAAAAUGUACUUUUACACAGCUGAAGUAACUAAUGAAAAUUUGAAUGUUUCUGUGUCCAAAUGGAUCAAUGAAGAGCGCUUUGAAACAUUCCCCAAAGUAUCUAGAGGAAACAUCAAUGAACUUAUUCAAACAAACAAAUGCCUUGUGCUUGUCAUUGUUGAAGAAAACAAACUAGAACAAAUUCCUGUAGAAAUGUUGGAAUUUAGAAGUAUGGUUGAAAAUCUUGUCAAAACAAACAGGUCCAAAUACCACAAAUAUUUUCAGUUUGGUUGGGUGGGGAGCCCUGAAUUAGCUAACAGUAUAGCCAUGCAAGUACUACCACUACCUCAUUUGUUGGUGCUUAAUUCAACCAAUCAUCAUCAUUAUCUUCCUGAGAAUGAUUGCACUCAAAUGACUGCUGCAAUGAUUGAUUCUUUUCUUGAAAGGAUUGUCAACCAAUCUGUACCUGCCUAUGGUGGAGAUGGUUUCUGGAUAAGAAUAUAUAGGAUGUAUUUUGAUACAACUACAUCAUUGGCAGAAAUGUGGGUGGGAAAUCCCAUACUGACUACAGUGUUAUUUGGUCUACCUAUUGGUUUCUUGAGUUUCAUAAUGUAUUCCAUUUGUUGUGCUGAUAUUUUAGAAAAUGAUGAAGAUGAUGAAGAAAAAGAAGAGGAACCAGGUAAGUGGAUUUUGAGAGCAAAUACCUACUUCACAUCAGUUCCAAAUUUGUGUAUGGUUGGUCUGAAAUUUGUUUAUUUUGCAGAUUCUCAUGAAAAGGAGGAUUAGAUAUUGUAUAAGAAUUAAAACUAGUCAACAUUUUCAUGUAAGUAAGUAAUGUUAUUUCUUUAACUUAAUAAUUUAGAAUUAAUGAAAAUGUUUGUGAAGAGUGAGUAAUGUAAAUAAAAUAAUUCCAACAGAUCAGAGGUCUUCAUCAUCUGAAUCUAGAGCAGCUCUUCUCCUGUCAAACUUAACAGAUGUUUUACUUUGGGUUUGACUAUUAACAUUCUCUAAUAAUCCUAUCAACUCUUUUUCACCUAUUUUUGUACAAAUCUGUCCAGACUGUGCCAUUCGUAUCAGCAUAUUUUCCACCAGUUUUCCUUUCUCUGGUUUGCCCAACAUGAGUGUGUUUACUAA